UUACGUGGCCUCAGUGAAGCAGGCCAACAAAGAGUUAAUAAAAUUUAUAACAUUCCAAUAAGUUAUUGAUUAAAUUACUUCAAAUAGAAAAAUGUUUAUAAAAGAAAGAAAUAUACUUACAUUAAAAUGGUUUAUUUGUGCUUGCCUUUUAAUCAGUAAAGUCGAAUCCACCAUAUCGCCCGGAGAUAAAUCACAAAAGCAACCCAAACCACUGAAAGUUAAAACCGGCCCAAGGGAGGAAAGCGUUUUUGAUUUAGACUUAAUUGAUAUAGAACCAUCCGCCAAAGAAAUUAUUAUUAAUAGUGGCUCAUAUUAUAAAGAUACAUCAGCUCGGCGUUUCAAUGGCACUGUUUUGGGUUUUGUGACACCGUGGAAUUCGCAUGGUUACGAAAUAGCGACAACAUUUGGAAAGAAAUUUGAUAUUUUUUCGCCGGUAUGGUUUCAAAUUGUCAAGCAAGAUGGUAAAUAUAAAGUAAAUGGACUUCAUGACAUUGACGCCAAAUGGAUGAAAGACGUUCGUACUAAAGGAAAAAACGAUCAAAGAUCCAUACAAUUCUUCCCUCGUUUUCUAUUUGAAAAUUUCAGUGAUAAUGACUUUACAUCAUUAUUAUCAUCCGAUCAAGAAAUUACAAAGGUUUCUGAAUUGUUAAGAAAAACAUGUACACAACACAAAUUCGAAGGCAUUGUUCUCGAAUACUGGCUGCAGCUUGGUGGGCGAGUAGCAAAUAAGUUCUUACAAAAACUUGCCAUUUCGAUAAGCAAAGCCUUAGCUAAAGAUAAUUUAAAACUUAUUUUGGUUAUACCACCUUAUCGCCCUCAAUUGGUUAAUAUGUUCAAUGACUACCACUUGGAUAAAUUAUACCGGUAUGUCUAUGCCUUUUCAUUGAUGACGUAUGACUACUCAACAGUCCAACGUCCUGGUGCUAAUUCUCCACUACAUUGGAUUAAACAGUCUAUUGAGCAUAUAUCACCAGACAAUACAAAUGAUUUGAUUGAAAAGCGUAAAAAAAUUCUGAUGGGUCUGAACAUGUACGGCAAUGACUAUACGCCAGAUGGUGGUGGUCCAAUAGUUGCCGGUCAGUAUUUGGAUUUGUUGCGCAACGUAAAAAAACGUUUAACGUAUGAUGAACAUGACGUGGAAAACUUUUUUGAAAUAAGAACAAAUACCGGGCGACAUUAUGUUUUUUAUCCAACUCUUUUCUCCUUAAAUGAACGUAUUAAACUUGCACAAGAGAUGGGCGUUGGUAUAUCAGUUUGGGAAUUGGGACAAGGAUUGGAUUACUUCUAUGAUCUUCUUUAAGUAGCCUACAUUUAAUUGCUUGCAAAACAAAUGCUAAAUACCUGUUUGUAUGAAAAUAUAAUUGCUUUUGCAAUUUAAUAAAUGAACAUUGCUAGUUCCGCAUUAAAUAA